AUGUCAGAUUCUGCAGUUGAUCCAAGUGAAUUCCAGAAGCUCAUAGGAAAUAUUAUGAAGCAAAAGUAUGUUCACGAGCAGCGUGUUGCCGAUAAUGAUUUAAGUCGUCAUCGUCAGCGCACGGAACGCAGUCGAUCUGCAUCGCGUACACCAGAUAAGCGUCGUUCCAACAGUAUCAACAGUCGUGGUAGUCGUUUUGCAGAAGGGCGGAGAAGUAGUGUACAAUUAGGUGGACGUCCUCCGUGUAUCCCUUCAUGCGUAAGGACUCUCAUUCCAGAGGUGGAAUCAUCAGAACAAGUUGUGCAGGAGUCCGGCAACACUUUCUCAGACACCAGGUCAGAAAAUAUUACGGAUGUCAAGGAUAAUGACAACAAUAAUGAUGGACAAACCACAGAUUUUCAUCUCAAUUCAACCAAUUUAUCUACCACAUCAGAUAUUUUACAUAGUGAUAAUCAUGAUGAUGGUGACAAUAAUAAUAAUAAUAAUAAUAAUAAUAAUAAUAAUAAUAAUAAUAAUAAUGCGGAAAAUGAAGUUAAUAAAGCCUCAGUUGAGACUGAAAGAGGUGAAGGUGAUGAUUCUGCCUCGUCUAUAAUGAGAAAACACAAAUUUAUUCAGAGUCCAAAAUUGGAUACAAGUGUUGUUUCUGCAUCAUCACAGAAUGGGUUAAAAGAAGAACAACUUCAACCUCAAACUUCAUUGAUUGAAUGUUCUCGAUGUAUGGCUUUGGAGGCAAAGAUGCAAGAAAUGCAAGACGCGCUAAAUAAACUAUCGACUAAGGUUACCCUUUUAGAUGCUAGACAACAAGGAUCUAGUGAAAAUGGGUUAAAAGUUGAUGAGACUGUUUCAGAACUUCCAGGAAAUCUAGAGGAAUUAGGAAAAACUAUGGAGGAAAGAUUUCUCACAGUUGUGACUGCGCUUGCUAAACGAGUACGUCAAUUAGAAGUAGAUUUGGAAACAUCCUUGCAGCAAGUUCGAAUCAUGGAAGCCGCUGCUAUUGAGCGGGAUGUAAAACUAAAUACAACAAAAGUGGGUCAUGAUCAAAUUGCUGAAACUGUUGCAGAGGUUCUCCAGCAGGUUCCCAUUAAACAAGAGAGAGAUGUUACAAAUUUGUAUAAAAUCUUUGGAUUAAAUACAAAUGAUGUACGUAAAGCUCUUAAUUCAUCUAAUCCUUCUGAAUGUGUGGAUAUGUUAUUAUCAACUCCACCUUUUGCUCGUAUCUUAAAUCUUGUGAUGGAAAAUAAUAAUGAUAUAUUUAAUACACUUCAUGAAGAUAAAUUACGUAGUGAAGAGGGAGAAUUUCCUUACUAUGAUCAAGUACCGUUGUCCAGUAAGCAUAGCAGCUCCCUAACACCACGACAAAAAUAUCCAGUUCCUCUUCAUGAACAACUUAUGGGGAUUGUCUUACAGGAUGAAAAGGAUCUUCAUGGUGUACGAGUGAUUUCUGUUCCUCCAGGAUCUUCUGCAGCGCAUGCAGUAAGACCAGGUGAUAUUAUCGUUCAAGUCAAUCGUGUUACCGUGCGGUCCCUUGCAGAUGUAUCGUAUGUACUUUCUCGGGCACAACCGCAUGCUCUCAUCACAUUGGGUGUGCAACUCUCUGAUGAGCCGUAUGUGGAAGUUGUGCGUGUAAUGCCACUUGAAGUGUUGUAA